AUGCUCGAUCUCGCCGACUUUAUCAGCGACCGUGGUGGAAAUCCGAACAAGAUCAAGGAGAGCCAGCGGAAGCGGUUUGCCCCGGAAGAAGUGGUGGACGAAGUCAUUGCGCUGUACGAAGCAGCCCGUCGAGCGCGGUAUGAGGUGACGCAAAUCGGCAGUCAGCUCAACGCCGUUCAGAAGGAAAUCGGACAGAAGAAGAAGAACAAGGAAGACGCGACCGAAUUAAUCGAGAAGAAGGCGGCAUUGGAGAAAUCCAAAAAAGAGGCCGACGAGCUUGCACUUCAGAAGGAGGCUGAGAGAGACAGCAAGGUCCGAGGAAUUGGAAAUUAUGUCCAUGAAUCAGUCCCCGUCAGCAACACUGAAGACGACAAUGUUAUUGUGAAAACAUGGGCCCCGGAAGCGACCACCGUUGAGAAGCGCGAUUGCCUAUCCCACCACGAGGUUUUGACUAGACUCGAUGGCUAUGACCCUGCACGUGGUGUCAAGAUCGUCGGCCAUCGCGGUUACUGCUUGACGGGCUAUGGUCUCUUCUUGAACCUUGCCCUGGUCAACUAUGGAUUGGAAUUCCUUUUCAAGAAGGGCUACACGCCGAAUCAGCCCCCUCAGUUCAUGUUGAAGGAGAUGAUGGCCAAGACGGCACAACUCGAGCAAUUCGACGAGGAGCUGUACAAGGUCACGGAAAGCGACGACAAGUCGACGGACAAGUAUCUCAUUGCCACCUCCGAACAGCCUCUGUCGGCUUUGCACGAUUCCGAGUGGCUCCAGGACAAGGACCUGCCGAUCAAGUACGCCGGAUAUAGUACGUGCUACAGAAAGGAGGCUGGUGCGCACGGUAAGGAUGCUUGGGGUAUCUUCCGUGUCCACCAGUUCGAAAAGAUCGAACAAUUCGUCAUCACGAACCCCGAAAAGUCAUGGGAAGCUUUCGAAGAGAUGAUGGCGACUUCGGAGGAGUUCUACCAGUCUCUCGGCCUGCCCUACCAGAUUGUGGCCAUUGUUUCCGGCGCUCUGAACAAUGCAGCAUCCAAGAAAUAUGAUCUCGAGGCCUGGUUCCCGUUCCAGGGAGAGUACAAGGAACUGGUCUCGUGCUCCAACUGCACGGACUACCAAGCCCGAGCAUUGGAGAUCCGCUAUGGAAUCAAGAAGCAAACCGACGCCAAGAAGACCUAUGUCCAUGCGCUCAAUGCCACCCUGUGUGCCACGGAGCGGACACUCUGCUGCAUUCUGGAAAACUACCAGACCGAGGAGGGCUUCAUUGUGCCCGAACCUCUCCGCAAGUACAUCCCCGGAUCGCCUGAAUUCCUUCCCUUCACCAAGGAACUCCCCAAAGACAGCACCUCGCAGAAGCCCAAGGGCAAGCAAGCCAAGGCUGCUGCUGGUGCGCAGGAGGCGACCAAGAAGAUGGAGAACCUCCAAGUUUAA